UGUGGUUUCUCUCUCCAAGUCUUCCUCGGGUAGUACUGUCAGGAACAAGCCUGGCGCUUUGAUUUAGGGAUGGGGUGGUUUCUUCACUAACGAGUCCCCCCCUCUAAAUUAUCGCAGAAGGUGGACGGGCCCAGUUGGAGGCAUAUCUUGAAAUUCGCAGGGGAGGCCAUGUCGGACGAACAUGACGUUCUUCUCCUACCUUGGCUUUGUUUUUUCUUGGUGAGAACUUGGAUAGCAUGUCUACAGAACUCUUCUCAUCCGCAAGAGAGGAGGGAAGCCCUGGCUCAGGACCCAGUUUUAGGUCCAGUCAGAGGAAGAUGUUAAAUCUGCUCUUGGAGGGAGACACUUCCUUUACCAUCUGUCCAGAUCUCCCUAGAACUCCAGUGGGCAAAGUCUUUGGUGAUUCUGCAAACCUAAGCAUUUCGUCUGGAGGAACUCCAAAACGUUGCCUUGAUCUUUCGAAUCUUAGCAGUGGAGAGAUGUCUGCUGCUCAGCUUACCACUUCUAAAGACCUUGAUGAAACUGAUAAAGAGAAGGGAGGUCACUUGGAUUCUUCAGGACCUCAGGAAAUACAGUUAGCUGGGAUGAAUCAUCACCAGCACCUUAUGAAAUGCAGCCCAGGACACCUUCUUUGUAGCACUCCGAAUGCUUUGGACCAUGGCCACAGAAAAAAAGAUGCAACAUGUAGCUCAUCCUCGAAUAAAGAAAAUGACAAUGGAAACUUGGUGGAAAAUGAAAUGAAAUAUCUGGGCAGUCCCAUUACUACAGUUCCAAAAUUGAAUAAAAAUCCAGAACUAGGAGAAGACCAGGCAGAAGAGAUUUCAAAUGAAUUGAUGGAGUUUUCCCUGGAAGAGCAAGAAGAGACCAAGGCAUCACUGAACAGAAACAGCCUGUAUCGCUCCCCCUCGAUGCCAGAGAAUUUGAACAGGCCAAGACUGAAGCAGGUGGUAAAAUUCAAAGACAACCCACUACCACAUAAAGUAAAAAAGAAGUAUUGUUUUGGCCACAAAAGGCUCAGGAAGGGCUUAGGUCUAAAGAAGACAGUCUCUCUCUGUGACAUUAAUAUCACUCACAUGCUGGAGGAAGAUCCUAACCAUGGGCAUCUGAUUGGUGAUUUCUCCAAGGUAUGUGUGUUGCCAACCGUGUCAGGGAGACACCAAGAUCUGAAGUACGUCAACCCAGAAACAGUGGCUGCUUUACUGAUGGGGAAGUUUCAGGGUCUGAUUGAGAAGUUUUAUAUCAUCGAUUGCCGCUAUCCAUAUGAGUACCAAGGAGGACACAUCCAGGGAGCCUUAAACUUGUAUAGUCAGGAAGAACUGUAUAUCUUCUUUCUGAAGAAACCUAUUGUCCCCUUGGACGCCCAGAAAAGAAUAAUCGUCGUGUUCCACUGUGAAUUCUCCUCAGAGAGGGGCCCCCGAAUGUGCCGCUCUCUGAGAGAAGAGGACAGGGCUCUGAACCAGUAUCCUGCGUUGUACUACCCAGAGCUAUAUAUCCUCAAAGGGGGCUACAGAGACUUCUUUCCAGAAUAUACGGAGCUAUGUGAACCACAGAGCUACUGCCCUAUGCAUCACCAGGACCACAAGGCUGAGCUGCUGAAGUGUCGAAGCCAGAGCAAAGCACAGGAAGGGGAGCGGCAGCUGCAGGAGCAGAUUGCCCUCCUGGUGAAGGACGUGAGCCCAUGA